AUGCUUUGCCUGUUUUUCGAGGAACUUCCGCCGUCCCCGGUCUUCGAAUUAUUCUCAAAAUAUGCAUACAAUGUGGAAUUCGAGAAUGGAAGACCAACAAUCUCAAUAUAUUUCUCGAAUGUGCCUGAAAUUCUGGAAGGAUUGGUAAGUUGAGCAUUUUUUCAAAAACCGAACAAUUUCGUUUAUUUCAGAAAAAGUUUGAUCCGAAUUUGGUAUUCCGACAUGAAAUCAAAAAGGAUGUUCCAAUUUUUCUUUGGGGAAAAGAUGACAAUUCGAAUCAAAGUAAAAUGCGAGACUUUGAGUAUGAAAGAAGUUCAUGUUCGGUGAGAAAAGAUGAGUUUUCUCAAGAAGCAUUUGAAUUCCAGUAUUUCCCGGAGAUGCCAAUGGUCGAACAAAAACCAAUUCUCUCACAACAAUCUCCACCACAAAUUCCAACCGAAGAAUUGGAGAAGAAAUUGAACUCCACAAUAAAAACAACAGUGGAAGAAGUGCUCGCCAAGUUCAGCACGAGUUUGCAGCGCGAUAUGCAAAAGCAAUUCAAAUCAUUGUCUGCAAAUUCAACACCAGUUCGAGUUCCACACACUUUACCGCCUCCACCACUUCCAACACAAACUCCACAACGUGCCGCACCUUCAAAUCAACCAAAUUCAGCGCCAGCCAACCGAAAUCCCCAACAAUAUCGAUUUGCUCCACCACAAAUACCAUCUCAACAAGCUGCACGCCCUUCUGCACCAACAGUUCUCCCAAAAGAGGAGAUUAUUGCAAAUGGUAUUAAUUGUGCAAAAUGCUCGCGAACACUAAAAGCAGGAGAUAUAACAACAUUAGUGGAUACUCUUCGAACUCACAGUUUGGAGCAUUUUGAGCAAAAAUGCAAACAUUUCAAGCGAUUCAAAUGUCUUGAAUGUCCACAUAUUCAAACGAAUUUUGUGAAAGAAAUGGAGGAUCAUUUGAAGAAGCACGGAUGUUUGGAAAGAGUUCCAGAUAAAAGAGCAAGACUUGUCCAACAAAUUAUGUGAGUUUCCUUUUUCUUUUAUAUAUAUCGGGAGGGGAGGUAAUAAAUAACAAUGAAAAUUUUGCAGGUCCCAAGACUACUUGGAUUAUUUGGCCGAAACUGCAAAUGAGUGUUUUCCAGAUGUUUUCGAAUCAAAUCCUCAACCACACUCUAGUAUUGUGAGUUUUAUUUCAAGUAUUUUUUUCAAUUUUUUUUUCAACAUAAAUUUUGCAGGGACCACAUUUGACUCCACAACCAUCAUUCCGAAAUGUUUUCCCGCAUCUUCAUAGAGACUUCUGCUCCAGAUAUGGUAUCCGUGACACCAGAAUGGUCACCAGACGAAACUCCAACCCAGCACAAGUAAUCAAUAUUGACUGACUGGUUUUUUCUUUUUCAUUAAUAAAAUUGUACUUUUCUUUCAAAGCUUUAUUUUUAUAUAUAUUCAAAUUUUGGGUUGAAAAUCAUUUACCAUUCAUAUUUGACCUCAAAAAGUUUUCUAACAAUUUAAUUUUAGAUGGAGUUUAUGGCGAAUAGUUUUAGACGAGCUGAAUGGAGAAUUCGGAAGAUGCUGAAUCUGAAAAGACAAACAAUAGUUCCUGUGGUUUGGAAUGAGCAAUUAUUUCGCAAUUCGCAUUUUCCAAGUAAAGAAUUUCAAAGAACUCUAGAUUCCGAAGCGAAAACGAAACUAUCCCGAAUCAUCAAAGAAUUCCAAAUCAUUUCAAGAUUAUCGAUUAGAUUUCCAAAACAAAUUGAUGACAAAGAAUGGAAAAUAAUAUUAGAAUGUCAGACGAGGAAGCAAAGAUUCGAUCAAGUUCUAUUUUUAUAUCAAGUUGAAAAUUUGCGUGAAAAAGAGCGAGCGAAAAAGUCGGAAAUGAGGGAAAUCAACAUCAACAAAACGAAAAUGAAUUAUCCAUAUUCAUUAGUUUAUCGAAGUGUUUGGAAUCAAAAGAUUUAUGAAGAAUUGAAAAGUUUGAAUACAUAUCGAUUGAAUAAUAAACCAACAAUCGCAAUUGAUUGCCAAUUUCUAGCGAAAUUAUCACCAAGAGGACAACAAUUAACAGCUUCGCAGCUACAAUAUCUUAUCAAGGAGAAUCGCGAGCUUCCAGAGCCAUUGAAGUUAUAUUUUGUGAAUUAUUAUGAUUAUCCGGAAGAUCUUGAAAAGAAAAAAUUGAGUGGGAUAAAUUCUUUGGAAAAAGUUAACCCGAUAAUAUCAUCAGAUUCGUUUUCGAAGAUUUUUCCGCUGGAGAAAAUAGUUUAUCUAAGUCCAGAUGGAGAGGAAACAUUGGAAAAUGUGGAAGAUGACAAGGUUUAUAUAAUUGGUGGAAUUGUUGAUCGAGUAUUUGAGAAAGGGAUUGGGAAAACUGCAUCGAAAGAUGCGGCGAUUCGAGAAAAUGUGAAAUAUGCAAAAUUGCCCAUCGAUAAAUAUAUCGAUUUCAAAAGUGGAAGCAAAUUCUUAACGAUUUUGGCUGUUGUGAAUAUUUUGAAUGAUGUGAAUUGUCAUGGUGAUUGGGAAAAAGCUUUGCGAAAAUGGAUACCUGUUAGAAAUGUGAAAAGUGUUGAGGAGAAGAAUCGAAAUGUAUUGGAGAAAUAUCGAAGAAUCAGGGAAUUUAAUCGACAAAUUCUAGAUAUUGUUGAUAGGAAAAUCGGGAGAGAUUGAAGUUUCAGGUGAAUUUUAAAAAUUUGAACACUUUUUUUUUGCAACAAAAUGAUAAUUUUCAGAUCUCACCUGCCUUCAAAAUAGGAUAAAUUUAGAUUUUUUUUAA